AGCAAGCGCGGAAUAUCCCAAUUCUGGCAGUAGGGGAGAGAGCGGAAACCAACUAGUUUGAGAGUCCCUCAGUAGUUCAAACUACAGAGUGUGUGAGAGUUAAUUCAAUAACAGAGCCGAAGGACGCGUCGCUGAUCCGCCGAACGCGCGGCACGUAACUGGACGUCAGGUGAAGCGUUGCGUAACUUAACGGACCGUCAUAAUUCAGAACUUUAAUAAUCAAACAUCCAGAGGCAGCUUUUGGAAGAGUUUUGGUGGGGAAAAGGCAAAGAAAGAAAACCAAAAGGUAUGGCAGCGACUUUACCCAGAACCCUUGGGGAGUUGCAGCUCUACCGCAUCCUUCAGAGGGCCAACCUGCUGUGCUACUACGACGCCUUCAUCCAGCAGGGCGGCGACGAUGUUCAGCAGCUGUGCGAGGCAGGCGAGGACGAGUUUCUCGAGAUCAUGGCACUCGUGGGCAUGGCCAGCAAGCCACUGCACGUCAGACGCCUACAGAAAGCUCUGCGUGAUUGGGUCACAAACCCUGCCCUGUUCAAUCAGCCCCUCACGUCCCUGCCCGUCUGCAGCAUUCCCGUCUACAAGCUGCCCGAAGGGUCACCCACAUUGUUGCCUGGUAAUGGUGCCCGUGGAGACACCCAAGUCAAAGUGCCCAAGUGUUUGGCAGCUGCUUGUGUAGAUCCCGGAAAAGGAGAAUCAGGCAAUGGGAACUCUUCAGCCACCGUUUCGCCCCUCCAGAGUGGCAGCGAACCACGGUUUUGGGCCAGUCAUGGCACAGAGAGCGAGCACAGCCUUUCCCCAGCAGAACUGGGCUCUCCGUCUUCCCCUCGGGAUGGCCUUGAGGCGCUUGACGCAGCUGCUGUUCAGUCCGUGGCUGAGUGCGUGGAAAGAAUCUCUCAGACUUUGCCCAAGAGUGACCCCGGAGAGGUUAAAGAACAGUUGAAGGGAAAUAAGAAGCUUGCCAAAAUGAUCAGCCACAUCUUCGAUAUGAGCGACGAGGAUCCACACCGGGAAGAGGAAAUCCGCAAGUAUAGCGCUAUAUAUGGCAGAUUCGACUCAAAAAGGAAGGAUGGGAAGCAUCUGACUCUGCAUGAGCUGACAGUGAAUGAGGCUGCGGCACAGCUUUGUAUGAAGGAGGUGGCAUUGCUGACUCGCAGAGAUGAGCUUUUCGGACUGGCACGUCAGGUCUCCCGAGAGGUCACCUACAAAUACACCUACAGAACCAGCAAAUCUCGAUGUGGCGACAGAGAUGAGCCCUCGCCCAAGAGAAUUAAAACUGAGGAGGGCUGUUUUGACCUCCAGGAGGCGCUGCAGGCUAUUCACAUGCGCCAGGAGACCCUUAAGGAGCAGCUAGCCCACGCCAGAUCUAAAGGAGAGGAGACGGUUGGGCGGAAUAUCCAGGUUCAGCUGGAGCGUCUGUUGGCCAAGCAGAUGGAGAUACUGCAUGAUGCUGCGGCGCAGGACAGACUGCAGGCUCUAGAGUGGAGGGUUCCACCAGGGCCCUACAAACACAGCACAGACAGGCAGAACAGCAAUGGGCUCUCAGCUGACAAAAAUGCUGACCAGCAGGGAGAGAGACCGUUGAAUCUGAGGGUGACCAGUCAGAGGCCGAGCGCACCAGACGGGGACACGCCUCUUGGAAAGCAGCUGGCAAAUGAGUUGAAGAGGCAUCAUCAUCACGCUAACGCCGAGAGCAAGACGUCAGCAGCCACAGAAAAUGGAGGAGAUUCAUCUUCACGUGCCCUCAACCUCUCUGAGAAGAAGACCAUCAAAUCAGAGCCGGAGGAUUCCAGAUAGCAGCCCUGAAUACUUUCGUUUCAAACCUACAACAAUACACGUCGUCUGUCAGUGAAUACUAAACAAGCACAACUACAGUAGAGCCUUAACAACCAAUGUUGCCUCAAAAUAGAAUUAUUUUAGUUUCUCACCAUUUUUGUUUUUGCCAAAGCACCUAGAGUCCUUAUUUCCAUUCUCCUGAGUAGAUUCACACUGUUUGUGCUGUCACUGACUGUACUUGUUCAAUUCUCACUAGCUCUAAUCACCUGUUUUUAUCUCUUCAUGCUCUCCUAUCGGUGUGGACCACGAAGUCCGCUAUUUGUACAUACAUAGAAAGUGUCUGUUUGAAAAUGGUUAAAUGUUAUUUAAAUACAGUACGUGUUGUAUGUAUAUAUGAAUGCAUGUAAAAUUUCACUGAAACAGAGGAACGCAGUGUUUUUAAAGUUGUCAGUACGCAGCUGUUGUUGUCGCCUAUUUAAGUGAGCCUCCUAGAUUGCGUUUCUCUCUAAAGACCCCAUGCAGUCACUUUCAUUUCCUGUAUUGACUAUUUCCUGUUAUAACAGGAAGUUGGUAGGACACAUCAGUGGGUUUGUUCCUUUUUUUUAAUAUCCAGUAGGCUUUAUUUACGCCAUGAACCGUGAUUUGCUAGUUGCUAUUACUAGUCGACAACAGGUGGUAUUAUUAGCAGGAGUGAUGAUAUCAUUCUAGAGAGAGAAUUUGAUUGGACAAAAAUCUGACGCAUUGAUAUUAGGGCUGCAGCGAUAUAUAUCAAAAUUGAUAUGGCUUAAUGCAGUAUAAUGUGAUUUAUUUCAGAGUGAAGCUCUGUACAGUUCAUUUACACACGUGAGGCUCAUGAUACAGCUUCAGCAGUGUAAACGAAAAGGGCCUCGUUUUACGCUAAAACCAGCCGUGCUUAUAUUUAUUUGCUAGCAAACUGCCAUAAUAAAAGCUUGAUUUAACGUUUAAAAAAAUGAAGAAAUUAAGAUGUAAAUAUUAGUACUGUAUUUUUACAGUUGUACUAUAAAAUACAAUUAUUAUUUUAUUAAAUACUCUUAUUUUUAUUUUACAGUACAAUAGUAUUAUUGUAACAUUUCUUAUUUUAAUAUUUUUAUUUAAUAAUAAUUACAAAAAAAAUCAUUUUAUAUUGAAUGAGUCAAAAACAGUCAGAAUGUGAAAGAGGUUUGAGUUGGUUUUUGUAAAGAUUACCCAAGUGAGAACAUCCAAAUUUCCCAAAGUUUUUCUUCGCUCAACCCUAAAAGGAUAGUUCACACUCAAGAUUAUUUUUUUUUUUUUCUGUGCAGUUGCACUCUCAGGCCUCAUUUACACUAGUACGUUUUUGUUUUAAAACGCGUAAGUUUUGCUACGGUUACGCCUGUCGUUUACACUACGCCGGCGUUUUCGAACCUCGAAAAUGGAGACUUUCGAAAACGCUGCAGGGCCUGUUUUAGUUUUAAAAAAUUUCAGUAUAAACAAACCAAAACGGAGACUUUUGAAAACUAUGGCAUGGCUGCCCACGUUCGCUCUGCGUAUCCUUGACGACCCUGUAAACAAUAACAUGGAGACUGAACUGCAGUCUUUGCUGGCUUUGUCAUUUUUAGCAGCCAUUGUGCAGUUAAACUCUGCAUUUUUUUUUUUUUUUAAUACCACAGCUGCCUACAUGCGCAAGAGGCAACUGUUUACACUUGUACACGCAUGUUCAGUGUGCAUGAACGGUCAUGUGACAUGCGUUUUCGGCCGUGUAGUGUAGACGGAGAUCGUUUCUGAAACGUUUUCAUUUUAAGACGCCGUGUACAUGGGGCCUCAAACAAAAUUAUUAUAACUAUUCAUUCUUUCCAAAUAUAGCUAUUCAAGUCAUCUGGUGAAAAUUGCUGAUUUUUUUCAAUAUCAAGCAGCCCUAAUCAAAAGUUUUGGUUGUUUAUCCCAGAAGUGAAAGACAAAGCGCUUUAAUGCGUAAAGUUUGUCAGUGUUUAGCAGUACACUAGCAUAUAGAUGACCUCAGAGCUAGUACAUAUGAAUACUCUAAUUUUGAUCUCAUGGGGUCUUUAAGGGAGUCGACAAUGCUAACGAAUCUGAAUUUAAAAGUCUCUACUAUGGUGCUAUGGUUGAAUUUACUUGCGUAACAGAGGAAAACUGCGGUACACGUUGCUAUUUAAACACUGAAAUCUCGGAGCCAGCCAUUUGGCUUUCUUGAACGAAUAGUAAUGCCUGAUUUAUUCCGAUACUAAGCACAAUUAAUAUAUUUCAUCAUACUCUAUACAUACCAACAAAAUGCUAAUAUAGACAAGCAUGUCUCCCCUCCUGAACGUUAGUGAAAUAGUCAUGUAAAUAGUUUAAAAACAUUCCCAACUGACUGGACUUGAAAACAGGGCGUCAUUACUGCACCGUUCCAGUCUUUAUCAUAAUCACGUAAUGUACUUGUAUUACUAAAUAUUUAGUCGUAGAGCAAUACCGGGUAGCUGUUGUCACUUAACUCAGUGAACGUGUCUAGGUGUCCCAACCUCAGAGGGACAUUCACUGUACAGUAUUUCUACUCUGUUUCGUAGUGUAGACAUAGUCUUAGAUUCAGCUAACGUGCAAAUGUAUGUGAAACUGAUAUGCACUAGUGUUUGAUUCUCGAAUUUGCAUCCUACUAUCCAACAUUUUUCGUGUUUCUCAAUGGUGAUACGUGUAUUUGUAGGACUUGUACCCGUGAAAUCAUCGGUUCGGCUUCGAGUCGCACUCUUUAUGUAGUUUUAGAGUAUCACGUGAGGUGAAGUAGGCACAAGAUAAUCAGGUUUUCCACAAUUACAUGUCUGUAAUGUACCGGUCAAGCUGUUAUAUAAUCUGUAUUUGUGUCGAUGACAAAUACCUCUCUAUAUCGGUACAAAGAGACCGAUUUUUAACGUCCUGAUCAUACACUUCAGUAUUUUGAGGGAAUAUGUGGAAAUAUUGUGUGUGCUUUUAUUUUUUUAGGAUUAUUUUCAGAGACUAAAGAGAUCUCGAGUAUGCAAAAUCUUAAUUUAAGUGCCAUUUUAAACAUGUUUUUGAGAGCGUGCGAUAAGUUAGUGGGUUACGAGACGUCCCGUGUGAUAAAGACAAGCGUUAUGUGAAUAUUUAUUGACAUUUUUGCCUUAGUUUAAAAGCAUUCCACGUUACAAUUCUUCGCUGGUGGUAGUUUAUUUUGGGUGUUCGUUUUAGGUGGAAUGGAAAAUGAGAUUUGGGAAGUUGUAUGAACAUCUGAGACUUAAAGCCUUGGCAAUAUAAAGCUCUCUAAGAGCACUGGAACAAAAUUUGCUUUGGAAAAAAUCUGAUUGGACCUCACUGAUAACAUCGUUACCAAUGACCUAUAUAGCAAGACAUAUCUAGACGCCUACCUUUGUUCCUUGCUUGUUACUGUCUUUAACCACUCACAGAAAUGAUCAGUCUUUCUCUAAUCUUUGUACUUGCUUUGUAUAAUAGACUUAUGCAUCUUGGACUGUGGGAUGAAACUGUGUUGUCAGUAGAACUUGUUCUCAUCACUUUUGAGUAGAGAGUACAUUAGGAUAUGCAUACGGUAGUCCUGCACAUAUUGUUUUGUAAACACUAAUAUAUUUAAUUUGUUAUACAGCACAUGAACAUUAAACUCUAUUUUUUUGACA